AUGGAUGCCACAGCCCUUCAAUAUGAAACCCAGAAGUUGGUGCAGCAAUUGGAAGCACAGAAGACUGAAAUGCAUGUGCUGGAAGCUAAGUUCAAGGAGUUGAGGAAUGAACAAUCUUCUUAUGACAAUACUCUGAUUUCCCUGGAUAAGAUGUGGAAUCAGCUUGUUGAUGAUUUAAUUCUGCUUGGAGUUCCAUUUGGUGGCGGCUUGAACAAUUUGCCUGCACUUGACCAUGAAGAGUUAUCAGAAGAAUCCAUCGAGUCGUGUCCUUCUGAUGAAAUUUUUCUCUUCAUGCUCUUGAAGUCCAAGAAUUAUGGAAAAAAGGACGACAAUAGCUUGUUGGAAUUCGCUGAAGAAGCUCUUGCUUUGCGCCGUUCGGCAACACUUGCUCUGAUGAGGUCCCUUCAAGAGGCUAUUGCUGCACAACAUGCUAGAAGUGAAUAUUUGUCAUUAGCUUUAAAUGGAGGGAAAUCAAAUGAAGAUUUAGAUGUUGUUGUUGCCCUUCAAAACCAUAAUGAUCACUUGAAAGAGGUGGUUGGCAAUGUCCGUGAAGCUAUUUCUAUUGUCAAUGAGAAGCAUAAAAGGUAUCUGGAUGAGAUUGAGGCUUUCAAAAGCGGCUACUCGAAAGAAUUGCAGGAAAUCCAGCAUCUUUCAGGAGAGCUAGAGGAAACCAUGGCGGAGCUUGAGGAAAGUUGA